UUUGCAAAACUUUCUGCGAAUGACAACGCACGAUUUGACAGAGGAAUUCGUUCAAGAAAUCUGCUUUUCAGUGUUCGUGCUCUUUUUGGUGUAAAAUUGUACCGAAGGAAGCUCCAGUCCCUUCGUGUUUGGUUGCGGGAGCAGUUAAAUCUACAGGUCGCUUGAAAAUAGAACAGAUGUUGGCCUAGCUCAGCAUAAUGUCUUCGAUGAUCCUUGUAACGUCAGUUUUUAUUCUCGUGUUAAUGGCGUCACGUACGUGCACUUUGGCUGCACAAAACAGCACGGGUUUAGAGUGUUACCAAUGUCAUGGAGUCAUGGGGGAAGUCACUGACUGUGGAGUCAAUCUUCAUCCUGAUGACACCCUCAACACGACAAGAUGUGCCCACAGCUGUGCUAAGAUCGUCACCUACAUGAUUGAUCAGAAAAUUGCCAUAACCAGAGACUGCGUUGAGCAGUGCGAGGAUGGGUGCGUCAAGGACAUUGCCAGCCAUUGCUACUACUGCUGUAACACAACAUUGUGUAACGGUUCUGCAGGACUGCACGAUCCCACACCAAGUCUGGGCCUACAACUUUGCAUCAGCCUCAUGCUUGUUACAUGUCCGUUUGUAUUCCUGACUUAACUACAAAAUUAGUGUGCAAGAUAUCAAGGGAUGGGGCGAUGUUUAGACACCUAAACUUUAAUUUUCUUUCAAGGAGUUCCUGAAAAAUUAAUGUCACAUUUCCCGCCUUUGCAUUGACAAACAUUAUGUCCACGAGACACAAGGCGUUUGAAGGCUGUUUCAUUAAUGUUGAAAUUUGAAAGAGCGUAAUUGUCAAAUGUUUGUUUUGAUAAAUUUAAUAGGUAUUUUCCAUUACUUUGUCAAGGUUGAUGAUGAGCCUCAAUCUCUGGUAUUUAGUAGUAGGUUGGUUCACAGAACAAUGACAGAAAAAAAAGGAAAUGCAACCAAAAACUUGUAAAGGUCUGUAAAGCCUGAUAUAUUUAUACUAGCUUAUGUUGUGUAUGCACUAUUUACUGGUGACUGUUGACAUCCGAUCUGAUAUCUGAUCUGGUCUGUUUGUUAGCAACUAGCUGUGACUUCAUCCAGUUUUUUUCGAAACUAAUAUCAAUUAAAUUGAUGCUUGUUUGACAAGGUUGGUUGGAGGGUUAAGAUACAACAGACUUUGCUGAAAUCUUUCAAUAA